UUAUUCAUAACGUGCUCUCCAAGUAUACGUGGCAAUGCUUUGCUGAGUUAUUUUAAUCAUUCUAGGCAUCGUUUUCCUCCUUAUGCCUCUAUCAUUCCUCCCUAUCUAUACUAACAUCCCACGCUCUGAACGCGUGCCCAUUAAUACCCUUCUUUCCUCCACUCUCCCUGGGACUCUUGAUCAAAGCGCCGCCCUUUCCCCAGCCUUAGCGAGGCGCCCUACCGCCUGGUACGCGCGUGGCGUGGCGGUGGGCGCGCAGUGUGUUCGCGGUGUGAAGGGCAGCUCUUUCGCCUGCGAUGAUUUAAACUCACAGGACAAGGAUGCGGUUUGUCAAACAGUGCUGCUACGGAGGAGCAGCAGAGAAAGCGAGAGGGUUUGAGCAGGAGCAAAAGAAAAUGGUAGGCGCGCGCAGUUAAUUCAUGCGGCUCUCUUACUCUGUUUACAUCCGAGAGCUAGAGUGCUCGGCUGCCGGGCUGAGUCUCCUCCCCACCCUCCCCACUCUCCUCAGAAGCGCCCCUCCCGGGUUCCCAAAGCAGAGGGCGUGGGGGAAAAGAAAAAAGAUCCUCUCUCGCAAAUCUCCGCCCACAAGCCCUUUAUAAUGCGAGGGUCUGCGCGGCGGAGGACCCCCGAGCUGUGCUGCUCGCGGCCGCCACUGCCGGCUCCCGGCAGUCCCUGGCUCCCCUCCUGCCUCGAGAAGGGCAGGGCUUCUCAGAGGCUUGGCGGGAAAAAGAACGGAGGGAGGGAUCGCGCUGAGGUAUAAAAGCCGGUUUUCGGGGCUUUAUCUAACUCGCUGUAGUAAUUCCAGCGAGAGGCAGAGGGAGCGAGCGGGCGGGCCGGCGAGGGUGGAAGAUCCGGGCGAGCAGAGCUGCGCUCCGGGCGUCGUGGGAAGGGAGAUCCGGAGCGAAAAGGGGGCUUCGCCUCCGGCCCAGCCCUCCCGCUGACCCCCCAGACAGCGGUCCGCAACCCUUGCCGCAUCCACGAAACUUUGCCCAUAGCAGGGGGCGGACACUUUGCACUGGAACUUACAACACCCUAGCAAGGACGCUACUCUCCCGACGCGGGGAGGCUAUUCUGCCUAUUUGGGGACACUUCCCCGCCGCUGCCAGGACCCGCUCCUCUGAAAGGCUCUCCUUGCCUCUGUUUGGACGCUGGAUUUUUUUCCGGUAGUGGAAAACCAGCCUCCCGCGACGAUGCCCCUCAACGUUAGCUUCACCAACAGGAACUAUGACCUCGACUACGACUCGGUACAGCCGUAUUUCUACUGCGACGAGGAGGAGAACUUCUACCAGCAGCAACAGCAGAGCGAGCUGCAGCCGCCGGCGCCCAGCGAGGAUAUCUGGAAGAAAUUCGAGCUGCUGCCCACCCCGCCCCUGUCCCCUAGCCGCCGCUCCGGGCUCUGCUCGCCCUCCUACGUUGCGGUCACGCCCUUCUCCCCUCGGGGAGACAACGACGGCGGUGGCGGGAGCUUCUCCACGGCCGACCAGCUGGAGAUGGUGACCGAGCUGCUGGGAGGAGACAUGGUGAACCAGAGCUUCAUCUGCGACCCGGACGACGAGACCUUCAUCAAAAAUAUCAUCAUCCAGGACUGUAUGUGGAGCGGCUUCUCGGCCGCCGCCAAGCUCGUCUCAGAGAAGCUAGCCUCUUACCAGGCUGCGCGCAAAGACAGCGGCAGCCCGAACCCUGCCCGCGGCCACAGCGUCUGCUCCACCUCCAGCUUGUACCUGCAGGAUCUGAGCGCCGCCGCCUCGGAGUGCAUCGACCCCUCAGUGGUCUUUCCCUACCCUCUCAACGACAGCAGCUCGCCCAAGUCCUGCGCCUCACCGGACUCCAGCGCCUUCUCACCGUCCUCGGAUUCUCUGCUCUCCUCGACGGAGUCCUCCCCGCAGGCCAGCCCAGAACCCCUGGUACUCCAUGAGGAGACACCGCCCACCACCAGCAGCGAUUCUGAGGAGGAACAAGAAGAUGAGGAAGAAAUCGAUGUUGUUUCUGUGGAAAAGAGGCAGGCCCCUGGCAAAAGGUCAGAGUCGGGAUCACCUUCCGCUGGAGGCCACAGCAAACCUCCUCACAGCCCACUGGUCCUCAAGAGGUGCCACGUCUCCACACAUCAGCACAACUACGCAGCGCCUCCCUCCACUCGGAAGGACUAUCCUGCUGCCAAGAGGGUCAAGUUGGACAGUGUCAGAGUCCUGAGACAGAUCAGCAACAACCGAAAAUGCACCAGCCCCAGGUCCUCGGACACAGAGGAGAAUGUCAAGAGGCGAACACACAACGUCUUGGAGCGCCAGAGGAGGAACGAGCUAAAACGGAGCUUUUUUGCCCUGCGUGACCAGAUCCCGGAGUUGGAAAACAAUGAAAAGGCCCCCAAGGUAGUUAUCCUUAAAAAAGCCACAGCAUACAUCCUGUCCGUCCAAGCAGAGGAGCAAAAGCUCAUUUCUGAAAAGGAUUUGUUGCGGAAACGACGAGAACAGUUGAAACACAAACUUGAACAGCUACGGAACUCUUGUGCAUAAGGAAAAGUAAGGAAAAAGAUUCCUUCUAACAGAGCUGUCCCAAUCAGUCACCUAUGAACUUGUUUCAAAUGCAUGAUCAAAUGCAACCUCACAACCUUGGCUGAGUCUUGAGACUGAAAGAUUUAGCCAUAAUGUAAACUGCCUCAAAUUGGACUUUGGGCAUAAAAGAACUUUUUUAUGCUUACCAUCUUUUUUUUUUUUUUCUUUAACAGAUUUGUAUUUAAGAAUUGUUUUUAAAAAAUUUUAAGAUUUACACAAUUUUUCUCUGUAAAUAUUGCCAUUAAAUGUAAAUAACUUUAAUAAAACGUUUAUAGCAGCCACACGGAAUUUCAAUCCUAGUAUAUAGUACCUAGUAUUACAGGUACUAUAAACUCUAAUUUUUUUUUAUUUAAGUACAUUUUGCUUUUUAAAGUUGAUUUUUUUUUCUAUUGUUUUUAGAAAAAAAUAAAAUAACUGGCAAAUAUAUCAUUGAGCCAAAUCUUAA